CGCAGAGACGUGUGGCGCACAGACGUGUGGUUUUGUUGUCGUUGAAGAAAUAAGUAAACCAGAGAGAAAGAGCAAGUGGUGUGGACAGAGAGGGAGAUUAAAAGUGGUGGUGGGGGCUCCAGACAAAAUGGAAGCAGCGGCAGCGGCAGCGGCGCUUUGGUUGCGCUUUUCCUCCUCUUCUUCCUCUUCUUCUCUGGCAGCAACAACAACUAUUUAUUACAUGGCACCAUCACCAUACAUGGCGAAGAAGAAGAGGAUGAUGAUGAUGAUGAGCAACAAUGACUACCACUCUUCCUUCCCCCUCAAAAGCAGAAACAAAUUCCCCAUUACUUUCUCCUCUUCUCCGAGGAGGAGGAGGAGGAGGAGGAAGCUAGCAUGGUGUGUGUUUGCAGAGAAAAGAGAGGAGGAGGAGAAAGAAGAGGAGGAGAUGUUGGGGGUGGAGGAGGCGCUCCACAUGGAAGGAGGAAUUCCUCUCACGUCAGACCAGUUCGUGAAGCAGGUCUCUUCCCGUGCGUAUGACAUGCGUCGCCAGCUCAAUCAGUGCAUUGACUCCAGUAGCUACGACGUUUUGGAGGUCAAUCCCUGGAGAGAGGAUUCAAAGCCAGUUUAUGUUCUGACUCAGCAGGAGAAUCAGUUAUUGACUAUGAAAACACGAAGGAAUCGCAGUGAAGUUGAAAGGGAGCUUGGAAUGUUGUUUUCUAAAGAGGGGAAGAGGAGAUCGGAAAAUGGAACUCAUGGUUCAUGCUCAACAGGUAGCACAAGAUUCCAUAUGCUUGUUGAAGAUGUCAGGGAAGGAGUUCUAGUUUUUGAAGACGAGCAAGAUGCUACGAGGUACUGCAACUUACUGGAAGGUGGAGGUCAAGGUUGUGAUGGUGUUGCAGAACUUGAAGCAUCAUCUGUCUUUGAUCUCUGUCACAAGAUGAGGGCUCUUGCUGUCCUGUUUCGUCGAGGAAGGACACCGCCUUUACCUAAAAGCCUUGAGCUCAACCUGAGAGCUCGAAAGCGGUCACUAGAAGAUCGUGAGGAGUUAAACUGAGGCUUCUGCUGCAGAUCUUACACUGGCGAGGGAGACUCAUGUUAUGUAAUUAUGUAUAGAGAGUGAUAUCUCAGAGAUGUAACCCCAAAUGCGUCAAGGGGAGUAAAGAUCCUAAUCCGCUCAUUUAUUGCUUACUUUGACAUCUUGCGUCCUAUGGGCAUCGGGAACUGAUAUAUCCAAGCACAUAAACGUGUGCUCUAGUUUAUAUCAGAUUAGUAAAGAACUUAAAUUCUGCUUAUUUAAAUUACAAAUAAAAAAAAUCAAACCCCAUAAAAGUCAGCUUUUGGUGGAUGAUGAUCAUAUUCCACCAUCUUAAGCAGUAGAAGAGCAUGUAAUUGUUACUCAGCACGUAACUGUUGCUGGUGGCUAUGUUGCCAGCCCCAAGCGACCUAGACCAGUUAAUAUGAUUGGAUGUUUUGGCGAUGUUUCUCAAGCCAACCCAUGAAUGAAUGGUAACCUAUUUAGUGUGC